UUAUAAUGGCGGAAGACGAUGAUGGUGUUUCGGAUAAAAAAUCAUCUCAAAAUUCAAAUAAUGCAGGCUAUCCUGAAGAGAAUCAUCAAAAUUCAACAAAGCCUGAUCUAGGUAUAGAAGAAGCUAAGUAUGACAGCAAAGAAAAUGGUCAUAAUUCUCCAACAGAGCCUAAUAGCUCGACGUCAAAGUCAACGGGAACAAUGCGUAAAGAUGAUAAUCCUUUUUCAUUUCGGCAUUUCCUGAAGCGCGACUUAUCAUUACCAGGGAAUUCUACGUACGAGAACACCGGUGCUAGACCAAAGGUUUACGCGAAUACAGUGCAGCAUUCUCCCACGAGAAUAGACAAAUUGGAUAUUCAUAAUGAACCGAGGCGGGAGAAAAAUCGUUUCAACGAUAUCAAAGCCAAAGAAAAUAAAACAGAGAGUGUUUUACACCGUAAUAGUGACGAUGCAUCCUCAAGUAGUUCAGUAGAAAUUCCUUUUAGUGUCGUCGAAGAAUCUGAAUCUAAACAUAACUUCUAUGCAGAUCAUACGGAUGUUCCAUUUUUCCACCGGCCAAACCUGGCAUCAGAGCCACUAGGCAUGCCCUCUCUUCCAGACUUUGUUCAAGACCAUAUUUUGGUGGAACAGGCUUAUUUAAAUUCAAACGGUCCUAUAUCAGUAGAUCUCGAUAAUUUACCAGAUUUUACAUACACUAAUUCUAAUUAUAGUGCUGGUUCCUCAUCUUCUCUAGGUAGAAGAAACAAAAAUAGUUAUGGUAACAGAAAUUACGAUUAUGACACUUAUUUGGGUGCUGCAUCAACCUCUGCUGAUUCAGGAUCAGCAAUACGAAAUGUCCCAUUGGAUCUCCCUGGAGGGGCUGAGGCAGCUCCUCCAUUAGACCUAGUGCACCUUAACUUGGAUUUAACAGAGUCAGUUAAUCAAGCAGACAGAAGAAAUGUCUCACCAAGAAACAAUUUUCCUCUUGACCUUCCUCCUAAUGCUGGAGCUGAGUCAAUGCGGUUGCCAGAUUUCCUUCCAAUACACCCUGGCAGAACAUCACCUGAACCCCAACCACAGAACGACCAGUUGCAACAUAUUGUUGAGUUAGAAAGAACCAGAUCAGAGCUAUUUAUGGAACGGAACAGACGUCUACGAGCUGAAGAAGAGUUGAACUCUGGGAGAGAAGCACUAAGACUUUUAAGAGCUGAGUUGAGCAGUGCCAGGGCUUCUGAAGCCGCUUUAAGAUUACAACUGAGCGAAGCUAGACAUGCCGAUAGAGAAUAUAUUGGCCAAAUUGAGGCUGCUACACAUCGAGUUGAACAUAAUUUGAUGGAUACUACUAGUCGAGCCACUGAAGGAGAAUCAAUGAUAACCAAAUUGAAGAAUGAAAUUAAAAGACUAAAGGAGGAAUUAUCUUCGUCCCAAGAAGAGGUUCGUUCCCUCCGCAACGUUCAAAACAAUGCGGCCGUCGACCUCAGACAUGCUACCACUGUUGCUGAGACAUCACUACGGGAAUUAUUAUCUGGAUUGGAGCGACUUCGUUCGCUCAGUUCCACUUUGGACCCGACUUGAUAUUGAACUACUGAAUUAUGAAAUAAGUAGACUAUGUCAGCAUUGAGCAGAUUUGAUGUUUUUACUGAUUAAUCUAUAACCUGAAUACUUAAUUGCAGUUCUUUUGAAUUUUCUAAGACUAACAUGAUAAAAGAGGAUGCGGUCUGAAAAAAAAACUGAAAUCUUUACAUAUAAAAAUCUAAUAUUAUGGCCCAUUAUCCAUGGGACCAUAAGCUUACCAUAUCAACCUAUAUAUUUUGAUGUUGGGUUUGGAUUAUGUAAUCUAUUGUAGGAUUCAAAGCAUCUAAAUUUCGUAUAACUUUGUAUGUUUGUCCAUAAAUUUCUGGGGAACUAAAAGUCAAUACGAGAUGGCUUCUUUCUUCAUCCUUUUUUUGUAUAUCGGUCUAGUUUGAUGUUGAAUUCGCUUCACUUGUUUUUGAGAUAAAUACAUUUAUAUAUAUAACAGGUAACUUAGUAAUCUUGACUAUUCUAAGUUGGUUAGUAUUUACCUAAUAUAAAGGCUGCAUGUUACAUGAAGUAAAAAUAUCGAAUCUGUAAAAUAAAUAGUUUUAUUGUUUUGGCUGCUAAUCAUAUGAUUUUAACAUAUAUUUGCAAGUAAAAGUUAUUAGUAUUUUCGCAUAAUAAUUAUGUUUAGUAAAUUUAUAUUUAUGUCUAAACUGCUGAACCGUUAAGGAUUUAUCAGAUGAGAUAACUAAAUGAAACAAGAAAUAUGUUGAAUUGUUUUUUUUAGACUUUUAUCAUUUUUCAUAUAAACAAAAUGGAUACAAAAAUGGUUCAUUGGAAAUUGCACUUUAUCGACAAAUAAAUUUUAUUUUAUUAAAACUAACUCUGUUUUAUCACACAUGUACGGACAGCAUAUAUGUGGGUUUUUAUAUAUAUGUAUAUUAAGUUUAAAUAAAAUAGAAGUAUGUAUGUACUAUCUAUAACGAAUUUUGGUAUAGAUUAGAAAAGUAUAGGAAUCGCUUAACCAAUACUCAAAUUUAUUUUCAAAGUUGUGAACGAAUCUAUUUAAUGACAUAAUCAUUAUUAAUAUGACUUAUAUCAUUAUUAAUAAUAAUGACUUAAUCGAUGUUUUGACUUGAGAUAUAAGAGACUUAACCAUAAGGUCGCGCAUUCGAACCCCGGCAAUGUACCUAUGGAUUUUUUAAUUAAUUUAAUUUAAAUAAUUUGAAUGAAAUUGUGAGGAUGGAGGCUGGUCUACUUGACUUUAAAGAUGGACAUAGUAGUAGUUAUUUAUAUAUAAUAUAUUUGAAAACUAUUUAUUAAAGUGCAAUUUCUUUAAAACCUUUUCAUUAUUUGGUGUAAGCAAAAAUCGGCUUAAGUUAAAGACGAAAUUGAAAUAAUGAAAUGUUAAUCGAAAUAAUACUCAAAUUGUAUUAUUAUGGACUGCAUAUAAAUAAUUUCCAUAAUGUAGUUUUAAAUGAACAGUCGUUUAGUAACUGUCAUUCAGAAUUCAGAAAAAAUCAAAUCAUUACUAAAUUAUUUUUUUAAUAUAUAUAUUAUUUGUUUGUCAGAAUUUCAGUUCAGAUCUAAGUACUUUAUUAUUUUGGUUCACGGUUGAACUGUAGAUUCAUUUUCAAUUAAUUACAACAACACAUCAAUUAAGGUCGUUUACCGCAAAAAUAUUAAUUUGAGGUUUUUCUCGACAUCUAUAUACGAAAUAAAAAAUGUUUAAUCUGAAUAAAUAGUUUAUUUUGAAACUACAAAAGCAUGAACAUACUUCAAGUAUAAAUUGAGCUUUCAAUAUGAUAUCGUAUUUACGUAUACAAAAACUUCACACUAUAAGUUCGUUCUGAAUAUACUAACGUUUACAAUUGUAUGAGCACGUGUUCGUAUUUCCUGUCGUGAAGUGUGAUUGUCUGAGUAUAAGAUUCAAAGUCGAGAAUUAAUGAUAAGUACAACUCGCAUAUGUCAAAAAUAGGUUAUGACAUACCAAAGUCAUACUUGGCACUGACUGUUCUCUGAAUCUUACCCUAAGACCUUAGUACAAACAAAACAUCACAUGAGAAAUUAUAUCAAAAUUUCAAUCUAGUUUAUACAGUAGAAUUUGUUAGGUAUAACGAUAUCGAAGGGUCUGAACUACUCAUAUAUUAUUAUUAUUAUUAUUAAGUACCUGAUACCAGAAUUCAGCCGGGACCUUUUAAUUUGGUCAAUAUAACCGUUGUUCCAAACGAUGACGUCAUAAACGGUUUUAACUGAAGUUUGAAUUUAUGUGCUGGUUACAUCAUUAGUAUUCGUUUCUUAUUGAAACCACGGUUUAUUUAGUUACCGAUUGCAACUCUUAUUUAUUUACAUUAUUGUAAAUGUUAGAAUAAAUCUGUGGGAGACUAGUACUUAGGUAAGUUGUCUAACACUUACUUUUCUUGUCUAUUCGGUAUAAUUCGCAAUUAAACUGAUUUUAGUAUCACAGUUAGCGUCAAAAACCGCCAAAAAUUAAAGAAAAAUGGCGGACAUAGCCGCUCAAUUGUAUUAGCAUUUGACAAGCAACUGUCAAACAUUGGAUUUGACAUACGAGUGACAUUAGGGAGAAGUCUCGAUUAUCCUACCAUUACCGGAAAAUGAACGUUGUUUCAUCAGGGCUGACAAUCAGCGAUACUAAAAACAGUUUGUUACUUGAUGAUAUUAAUGUAUAUAAUAAAACGUGGAUGGUUUGUUACCAUGGUUACGACGUUCUCCUAUAUCAAUACGGUAACCAUGGUAAUAAACAAAGUAAUUUAGUCUACGUACCUCUUUAUAGUAAAUAUAUUUGCUACUCGAAAUCAAAGGAGACCUAAUCAUAUUUAGAAAUUCUGUGUAUUUAUAUUUUGGAUUUAUAGUAGUUUUGUUGCAAAUUUUAACGAAUUAGGUUCAAAAUAAUUAUUGUAUUGGGUAUAAUGCAAUCAAAAUGUGAAAAACGAAUCAAGAUAUUUACAUAAGUCGUAAUAAGCAUCACAAAAAUAUUUAGUUAAAAUUUUAUUCAUGGGUUGAAAUGCCAAACAAUCCUUAACUUGUCAAAACGAAUUUCCAAAAGAUGCUUAAAAAUAAUGUAUCGUUUUAGAGGCUUCUUUUUUAUAUGUAUAAGUAAUGAUCUUAAAAACUCAAUUAAAAUAAUUCAGUACCUAUUAAACAUCGAGAUUCUUAUCACCUCAAAAUACUUACAGUCAUUUUAAUCUUUCUUCAACGUGUAUUCUUUAAAUAUAAGUUGUUUUAUGCGUUUUACCAAAUCCAUUCCAGAAGAAUAUUAAACAUUAAAAUAAUUUCACAAUUGACUGCCUAAAUUUAUUCUAUUUAAUUUCCAUAAGCCUUAGAAAGUAUUGUUUUUAGUUUUACCAGAUUAUUUUAGUAUUAUAAAAAUUAUAAAAAGAUGAUAUAAUUAUCAUAUUUUAGCGAUAACAAAUGUAUGUAUAUUAAAAUGACUGUAAGGCACUAAGUCACCUGUAAGCUAGAAAUCUAGUUUGUCUAGAAUCCUUAGUAAUUACAUUUUUAUCCUUAAAUUUGGGUUUUUGUAUAAAAGCCCUAAAAUGUUGUACUAAGUGUUUGUAUGGAAAAGGUGUUAUGUUUAUGAAACUCGGAAUAUAACUUAUGUGAGUCUGAUAAUAAAUUAAUUUUGAAGCGCC